AUGAGGACCGUGGCUCUUAUUCUCUGUUUGGGAAACAUCGUUGUCACCGGACUGGCAGAUCUUCAGCCUUCAGAAACGUCCACAGUGUCCGAGCUCCCCGAAACAACCUCCUCCGGUUUCGUCACACCAGGAAACCAAAAACCCAACGGCUCAGCUCAUCCACCGAAAACGCCGCAUCUCCCCAUGUGCUCGGAGUCGGCCGGAAUCAGAGCCACCUUCAAAUACAUCAACGUCAUGGUUUCUGUAGUUGUGUUCAUUGUUGGAAUAGUGGGGAACUCAGCCUUACUCAGAAUCAUAUAUGCAAACAAAACCAUGAGAAGUGGACCAAACUUUCUCAUUGCAAGCCUCGCUUUGGGGGACCUGAUCCACAUCGUCAUUGACAUUCCCAUCAACACAUACAGGCUCAUGGCAGAGGACUGGCCCUUCGGUUUACUGUUAUGCAAACUCGUCCCAUUCAUCCAGAAAACCUCUGUCGGAAUCACCGUGUUGAGCUUAUGCGCUUUGAGCGUUGACAGAUACCGAGCUGUGGUAUCCUGGAAUCAAAUCAAAGGCAUCUGGGUUUCUGUAUGGACGGCAAUCGAAAUAACUCUCAUAUGGGUUAUUUCUAUCCUGCUGGCUGUCCCUGAAGUUGUCGGCUUUGAUAUGAUAACAAUGGACUAUAAAGAAAAGCAUCUCAGGAUAUGUCUGCUUCAUCCCAUGCAAACCACGCAGUUUAUGCAGUUUUAUAAAGCGGUGAAAGACUGGUGGCUUUUUGGCUUCUACUUCUGCAUGCCGCUGGCUUGGACCGCAGUCUUUUACACUCUGAUGACCAGGAAGAUGCUGAGAAACACAGAAAACACUCUAAUUGACCACAUCAAGCAGAGACGAGAAGUUGCCAAAACCGUCUUCUGCCUGGUGAUUGUUUUCGCACUCUGCUGGCUGCCGCUUUACCUCAGCAGACUCUUGAAGUUAACCAUAUACGAUGAGAAAGAUCCUAAUAGGUGCAAGCUACUGAGUGUCUUUCUUGUUCUUGACUAUUUCGGAAUUAAUAUGGCGUCCCUGAACUCGUGCAUCAACCCUAUCGCAUUGUACAUGGUCAGCAAACGGUUCAAGAGAUGCUUCAAGGCGUGUCUGUGCCGUCGGUGUCUCCGUCCUCAGGCUGUUGCUCACGACGAGAUGCAGUCUGUUCUGAAGUCCAGGAUGCAGGACCAGGCGUCGGAGCAAAGCGACAACAUCAAAGCUCACAAGCAGAAGUCCACACCUCCGCCUGAGCAGGACAGCGCCUUACUGUGUUGA